AUGGUAUCUGAUGGUGGGCCGCAGUUUUCGUCAAGUGUCUUUGACCAAUUCACGAAGAAAUGGGGUAUAGGACACAUAAAAUCAAGCCCACACUACCCAAGAGCAAACGGAGAGGCUGAAUCGGCAGUAAAAACUGUAAAACACCUUAUGUACAAAUGCGUUAAAAACAAUGAGGAUCAGUUUGAAGCUCUAUUAGAACUAAGAAAUGUACCAAGACAAGAAACUGGGCUGAGCCCAUACCAAAUGGUGUUUGGAAAGCCAGGACGUACAUUCUUACCGUCAGUUGCUAAGAAAAUCAAGGAUCCUCAGGUGUUAGAAAAGAUCAACAAAAGAAACAAAUCUGUGAAGAAAUACCAUGAUAAGAGUGCGCGUGACCAAGCUCAAAAUAGGGCAAAAUGUAUACUUUGA